AUGAAGCUCCAUCAUGUGGUCCUGGGCUCUGUGCCCCUCCUGAUUCUGGCUGGCUGUGUCAGCGCGCUGAAGACCUCCAACAUUAACCUGCGCACAUUCAUUGGCUGCGCUGUGCGUGAGUUCACCUUCCUGGCUAGGAAGCCCGGUUGUAGGGCGCUGCGUAUCACCACGGAUGCCUGCUGGGGACGCUGUGAGACUUGGGAGAAGCCUAUUCUGGAUCCCCCUUACAUCGAAUCUCACCAUCGAGUCUGCACUUACAAUGAGACAAAGCUGGUGACAGUGAAGCUGCCAAGUUGCGCUCCUGGUGUGGACCCCUUCUACACAUUCCCUAAGGCCAUACGGUGCGACUGUGGUGUCUGCUCUACUGCGACGACUGAAUGCGAGACUUUUUGA